ACCAGAGUUCAUAAUUUUGAAAAUCGCCACUUAUAGUCUCGUCAUCCGUUUAUUUGUAAAUGUAUUGUUUUUGAAUGUGAAUUCGCACUCACAGAACGGUUUAGAAAAUAUUGUUUGGUCAAAAUACGAAAAAACAGCAUAUGUAAAGUGUUCGAUAGUGUGUUUGAGUUGAUUUGUUUUCAAAAUUUAUGAGAUACGAUGGGAGCGGCACUACUUUUCCUGCCUCUGAUGCUGAUCAUUAUCUUGCUAAUUGUGACAGUGCGAUUUUUGCGGCCCCUAAAGUAUGCCCAACCGAUUCCAAUUGCCCCAUUCGCUCUCCCACUGGUUGGCCAUUUGCUAAGAUUUAUUGGCAACACGUCAGAGCGAGGUUUUUGGUCGAUCAUCUCUUCAUUCGAGCCGGACGCCAGGCUGACCAAGCUGAUGUUUGGCCCUUUGCCGGUAAUCCUGGUCCAACAUCCAGAUUUGGUACAGGCGGUGCUGAGAAAUGAAAAAAUGUACGACAAACCGUUUCCGUACGACUUUUUUCAUCUGCGCCACGGUUUAAUAUGCGAACGGGACGGUGAGCGCUGGAAACAAACUCGGAGGCUGCUGAACCCUGCAUUCAAGAUGAAAGUACUGGCAGAAUUUGUUCCUAUUUUCGAUUCACGCGCACGAAAGCUGGUAGAUACCCUGAAACCUCUGGCCGAUGGUUCUAGGGACAUCAAUCUAGUGGAGUUUGUCACACGGAGUUCGCAUGAAACGAUUUUCAGUACCUCGCUGGGCUGCAACGUCGAGGGACGUCCGGGAGAAAAUGAAUGCUUUGAGAAUUUUGAGCUUAUUCAGAACUGCGUAGGGAUGCGUUUGCUCAGGCCCGAAUUGUUUCUAGAACCUGUUUAUCGACUCUGCAGCAAUUAUGACAAAGAGAAGAAAUCUCGCGCCAUUUGCACAGCGUUUGUCGACAAACUGAUACAGGAGCGAUGUAAAAAACUGUCUGACAAUAACAACGAUUCCGAGGAAAAUAUCCAAUCUCACAUUUUUAUGGAUAAUCUCCUGCACCUGCAACUGAACGGACAAAAUCUAAGUGAUCGAGAUAUUAGUGAUCAUCUGCAUACUCUAAUGAUUGCUGGCUACGAGACAUCGGCGUUGACCAUUUGUUAUACAUGCCUCGCUCUAGCGCAACAUCCCGAUAUCCAGAACAAUGUAGUAGCGGAAUUGCGUGAUAUCUUUCAUUCGCCCUCCGUAGAGCUCAAUCUUGAAACGCUGAAUCGACUCGAGUACACGGAAAUGGUGAUCAAGGAAACGAUGAGGUUGUUUCCGGUAAUACCGAUUAUCGCUCGUGAAACGGGCGCUCCGAUUGUGCUGGACGGUGUUCGCAUCCCCCGGAAGCAAGUGCUCAUCAUGAGCUUCCAUAGCUUGCACCGCAGAAAGGACUGUUGGGGCGAUGAACCAGAUCGUUUCGAUCCGGAAAGGUUCCGAGCGGAAGCAUGCCAAGCACGCCAUCCAUACGCCUAUCUGCCGUUCAGUGGAGGGUACAGAAAUUGCAUCGGUAAUCGAUAUGGAAUGAUCUCUCUGAAAACUGCCCUCACAAGGCUGCUGUUGGAGUAUGAGAUAAGAACCAACAUCAAACGAAAGGAUAUGCGAUUCAGGUAUGAGAUUUCGAUGAGGCUUGUGGGGCCGUACACUGUACAGCUUAUCAAGCGUUCGUGAAAUAAAAACAAUGACUGCAA